CAUUUCUCAUCACUUCUCACUCACUCUCCCCCUCUUCUCCACUCCUCUCAUCCUCUUCAAACACUCAUAACAGAAAAAACCCGAAGUGUCAUUACUUAAUAGUCUACUCGUAAUUUGAAUUUCCGAAAAAAUGACUUGUUCUGAAUUAUUACCAUCAUCUUCUCCAUCCUCUGUUACGGUCAUCUCAAAAUCCACCGUUUUUCCAGCUGAACCUUCCACCAUGGAAGACCUCAAACUCUCAGUCUCUGACCUGCCUAUGCUUUCUUGCCACUACAUUCAGAAGGGUGGUCUUUUCACCCGCCCACCAUUCUCAUCUGCCGCCUUAAUCUCUCUCAUCAAAGACGGCCUUGCGGUGACUUUAACUCACUUCCCCGCUCUUGCCGGCCGCUUUGUUACCGAUUCUACUGGUUAUGUUUACAUUACUUGUAACGAUGCUGGGGUUGAAUUUGUCCACGCCACCGCGAAAGGCGUCUUUGUUCGUGACAUUCUUUCUCCUACCGAUGUCCCUGCCGUCGUUAAGGAGUUCUUCACUUAUGAUCGGACUGUUAGUUACAAAGGUCAUUUUCAGCCGUUGUUGGCGGUUCAGGUGACGGAGUUGGCUGAUGGUGUUUUCAUCAGUUGCUCUGUUAAUCACUCUGUUACUGACGGAACUUCUUUCUGGAAUUUCUUCAAUUCUUUUGCUGAGGUUUGUAGAGGAGUGAAGAGGAUCACAAAAUCGCCGGAGUUUAGCCGGAAUUCCGUGAUUAUAUCUCCGGCGGUGUUGAAGGUGCCGGAAGGUGGUCCGGUGGUCACCUUCAAUGAGAAGGAGCCACUAAGAGAGAGAAUUUUCAGUUUCAGUAGGGAGGCGAUUCAGGAGUUGAAAGCGAAAGUGAACAACCGAAAAAUGUCGAUCUCCGCUGCCGAAUUGCUCGGAAAACAGAGCAACGAUCCUUGGAAUAACAACAAGGAAGGGAAAAUGGCGUCGAAAAUUGAGAAUUGGAUACGAAACGCGGUUGCCGUUUCGAAACCUCAGACCUUGACUGAAACGGAAUCCAUGGCGGUUGAGAUCUCUUCUUUCCAGUCUCUCUCCGCGCUGCUUUGGAAGUGCGUUACACGCGCCAGGAAGCUUAACCUGGAUAAACCGACGACGUUUCGGAUGGCGGUUAAUUGCCGUCAUAGACUGGAGCCAAAGCUGGACCCACUUUACUUCGGCAACGCCAUUCAGAGCAUCCCAACCGUUGCUUUAGUUGAUGAUGUUUUAUCAAAGGAUUUACGGUGGGCAGCGGAGCAGCUGAAUAAAAACGUGAAGGAUCACGGGAACAACACCGUAAGGAAGUACGUUUCGGAUUGGGAGAGCAACCCGAGGACUUUUCCUUUGGGAAAUUUUGACGGGGCGAUGAUUACAAUGGGUAGUUCACCUCGUUUCCCAAUGUACGAUAACGAUUUCGGGUGGGGAAGACCCAUAGCCGUACGAAGCGGGUGGGCAAAUAAGUUCGAUGGGAAGAUAUCCGCUUUCCCGGGUCGGGAAGGCGGAGGGAGCGUGGACCUUGAGGUUGUUUUGUCGCCCGAGACGAUGGCGGGUCUUGAAUCCGAUUCGGAAUUUAUGCAAUAUGUAUCGAGUUGUUAGGACAAAAACGGGCGUAACUAAAGGGUUCGGUUGUAAAUUUGGUUGAUGACCAUGAGGGUUUAACCCAUUGUGGGUGUCGGGUUAUCGGGUCAAGUAGUGGUGAGAAGAUGAGAGAAAUGGUCGUUUUAUAUUUAUUUAUUUCCCCUAAUUAUGUUAUUUUAUCUUAACCUUCUAUUUGUGCCAUAAUUCUAAUUCUAAUUGCAAUCAAAAUUCCAAAAUGUUUAAUUUUCUCAA